GUUUUGGUAUGUUAAGUCUCAUUUUCGAGAACCCGUCAACAAACCGGAAGACAAACAGAAUAUAGAGAUAUGGCAUCACCAAUUAAACCAUGGGAAAAACCUGGCGUUAAUAGACAGACUGAAGAAAAUAUACAGUCGACAUUUAUGUCAGCAUUCCCACCUACAACAGGAUUAGGAUCAUCAAUGUCAUCAGGUGCUCCCACUAUAGGAGGUGGAGAUGCCCCACCUGUACCAAGUAGACCCUCUACAAUGGGAGGAUACUCUGGGUAUAGUCAAGGAGGAUAUGGUGGUUACAGCAGUCCAUAUAGUUCAGGCAUGUACAGUAGCCCAUACAGUAGUAUGUAUGGUGGAGGAUAUGGUUCAGGAGGAAUGUAUGGUGGAUACUCUGGCUAUGGUGGAAUGGGAUAUAAUAGAUUUGGAUAUGGACAGAAUAUGAACGAGUAUAAUUCCUUUUCGCGCAUGGCUGAGGAAAGUUCAAGACCAGCUUUUCAGUCUAUAGAAAGUAUAGUUGGUGCAUUUUCAUCUGUCAGUAUGAUGCUAGACUCAACUUUUCAGGCUGUCUAUAAUUCAUUCAGAGCUGUGAUAGGAGUAGCAGACAAUUUCAGUAGAAUGAGAGUGCAGUUUGCUCAAGUAUUUUCAGCCUUUGCUGUAUUCAGAACACUAAGAUAUUUAUACAGGAAAUUACUGGUGUUAUUAAGACUAAGACCUCAGGGUUUUGCUGAAGAAGUUUGGGUAGAAGCAUUAGAUACAGUUGCACAAAAUACUGCUGCCAAAGCCCCUGGUGGGGGCAAGAGUAGCUGGCCUGUGCUAAUGUUCUUUGCAAUCAUUCUAGGCGGACCUUGGCUCAUAUGGAAAUUUCUGAAAUCAACAUUUGCUAAUCCAGUUGAGCAGGGUUGGGCUACUGGAACAGAAGACCACUUUGUUGCACAAGCAUUGUACGAUUUCAGAGGGGAAGGAACGGAUGAGUUAUCUUUUCAAGCUGGUGCUAAUCUACAUAUAGCUCCAAAAAAUCUUCAGCCUCGCAUGAAGGGUUGGUUACUAGGAAGUGUAGAUGGUAAAACUGUGGGCCUUAUACCUGCCAAUUAUAUCAAAGUGUUGGGUAAAAGACGAGGCACAAAAGUUUCAAAUUACCCAGUAAAGAAUGAACUUCAAACAUUUGAUGAACAGAGCAGAGAAUUUCCUAACGAAGCUCUUACACAAAGUAGUUCAUCUUUUAAUACUAGUAGUACUACAGGAAAUCAAAAUGGACCUUUAGUGCAGUCACAAAGUGCUAUAAAUUUAGAGAGACAGGCUCAGGCUGGGUUUACUGGUGAUAUCGGUGUGCCAAAUAUGGACUCAGUUUUUCAAAAUGAAUCCAGUCCAUUAGACAGUGUGCCAGAAUUACCAGCAGAUGAACAGAAAGAUCCGGGUGACAAACCCUGAAGUUUUUUUACUUAUAUAUAUUAUGUAAUAAUGCUAAUGCUGCACACUGUGAUUCUCUUUGUAACUUGACACUAAUGUUACUGGUGUAAUUUUGUAUGACAAAAUUUAUUCAUAUAGGCUGUAUCAACCUUAAUCAUGUUAUAAUUAUUGUGCAUAAAUCUAUACAAAUUUCAGUCUUUUCUUGGCAUAUUGUUACAAAAUGUUGAAUGAUUAAGAAUCAUUAUCAGUUCUGGAAUAUCAGUGAAUUGUGGUAUUUCAUAGGAUGAUUGUUAAUUGGAUUAAUAGAUCACGUAACAUGUAAUUUUUAUCUUGUAAUUUUACCUUUUUAUGAGCACAAUAUAAGUACAUUUUUGUACAAGUACAUGUAUUUUUUAUCAAAGACCAUAGUCAUGUUUAAACUGUAUAUGAGUCAAUUAGGUCAUAUUUGGUGAAUGUGCUUGUUUUAUUUAGAUUGUUUUAUAUAGAAUUAAUAAAAAUAAAGAUGAAA